ACACUGCGACAGCCUAGUAUUUUGAAUUUGCCGCCAUAAUUCUAGCACCACCCCCAGUUGUGAGUGCGUGGCUGACGCAACUGGCACCGUCACUCAACACAGUCUGAAUGGCGAUUGCGGCAGACACACAGGGUCGAGGGAGCGGAGCACAAACUGGGCUAAUUACAGUUCGAAAAAAUUCACAUAUGAGACGGAUAAGUACAGUUACAGAAGUGUAAAAUGGAUGAUAGCUUUGAUUGCGACUGUGGUGAGCUAGAGCCACCUGAUCAUUGACGUGGAACUUUCUGGAAGUAAAGCUGCCACAGACUCCAAUUGCUUGACCAGAUGCUAAAAGUAGUAAUUUAAAUAGGAAACAAUUUGACAAUUAAAACAUAAUUUAAAAAACACCUUGUGCUCAUUGGCACUGUAGAAUGAAGCUGCUCAGAACCAGUCUUACACUGAAUAUAUCUGCACUGUGAGGAGAUGCUGUUACAAGCUUUUUAUUUAUAUUUAUUCAGUUUUAUGUUAAAUGUUAAACUUUAAUCACAAUCUGUUAAGAUUAAUUCCAUUAGUGUUUCAAACUAGUUUUAAGUUGAAAAAAUAAAUAAAUUAAAAAAAAGUCUGAAGGAGACACUGCACCUUUGAACUAUGAAAAUACUCUACAUCUGCAUAUUACAAUUAAACUUUCUCAAUUUUUUCAGUAAGAGGACUGUGAAAGAUUAAGUGGGAGGAGGGGGGAAGGGGGCACUGCUUGCCUGAUUGGCUUGUGUUGUUAAUCUCCAGGGAAACAAGUUUAGUUUUAAGGAAACUCCUAUGGCUCCAUGCACAUGUUUUGAUCUUCAGAAAUUAUAUAUAAAAAAAAAUAAUUAAAACUCUGCAGUAAUUUGGCAACCAACACAUUAAAUCAAAUUCUUCUACAAUGGCAGAGAAAUUUGAAAGUCUAAUGAACAUUCAUGGCUUUGAUUUGGGCUCCCGGUACAUGGAUUUGAAGCCACUAGGCUAUGGUGGCAAUGGUCUGGUUUUUUCAGCUGUGGACAGUGACUGUGACAAAAGGGUGGCCGUUAAAAAAAUCGUCCUCACCGACCCCCAGAGUGUUAAACAUGCCUUACGAGAGAUCAAAAUCAUCAGGCGCCUCGACCACGACAACAUUGUGAAGGUCUUUGAGACCCUGGGACCUAGUGGGAGACAAUUGACGGAGGAUGUUAGCUCUUUGACGGAACUGAACUCUGUUUACAUCGUUCAGGAGUACAUGGAGACAGACCUGUGCAAGCUAUUAGAGCAGGGCCUCAUGUCAGAGGAGCAUGCCAGGCUGUUUAUGUACCAGCUUCUCCGUGGACUUAAGUACAUCCAUUCAGCCAACGUCUUGCACAGGGAUCUCAAACCUGCCAACCUCUUCAUUAACACAGAAGACCUGGUGCUGAAGAUUGGUGAUUUCGGUCUGGCCCGCAUUAUGGAUCCGCACUAUUCUCACAAGGGUUACCUGUCAGAAGGGUUGGUCACUAAAUGGUACAGAUCCCCACGUCUUCUGCUGUCGCCUAAUAAUUACACCAAAGCCAUUGACAUGUGGGCUGCUGGCUGCAUCUUUGCAGAAAUGCUGACUGGGAAGACCCUUUUUGCUGGUGCCCAUGAGCUGGAACAAAUGCAGAUGAUUCUGGAAUCAAUACCUGUGAUUCACAAGGAGGAUCGAGAAGAGCUUCUCGGAGUCAUCCCAGUCUUCAUCAAAAAUGACAUGUCUGAGCCACAUACGCCAUUGGCAAAACUGAUGCCAGGCAUCAGUGCAGAAGCACUGGAUUUUCUCAAGCAAAUUCUGACCUUCAACCCAAUGGACCGAUUGACCGCAGAAGAAGCCUUAGCCCAUCCUUACAUGAGCAUCUACUCCUUUCCUCUUGAUGAGCCCAUCUCGAGCCACCCCUUUCACAUUGAGGAUGAGGUGGAUGAUAUCUUGCUAAUGGACGAAAGUCACAGCCAUGUUUAUAACUGGGACAGCCAGUUUUCUGACCACGACUGGCAGGUGCAUAAUUACGAAGCCGACGAAGUUCAACGUGAUCCAAGAGCAAUCUCUGACUUUACAGAUGAGGAGGAAGUGCAGGUAGACCCCCGUAAAUACAUGGAUGGUGACAGCGAGAAGUAUCUGGAUGACCCUGCUUUUGACUCUCUCUUUCCUAACGAACGCUCCUGGCAAUUUGAAGAUCACCAUGAAAACAAGUAUUGUGAUCUGGAAUGCAAUCAUACCUGUAACUACAAAGCCAUCUCCCCAUCCUACCUGGAUAACUUGGUGUGGCGGGACAGUGAAGUCAAUCAUUACUAUGAGCCCAAACUAAUAAUAAAUCUGUCAAACUGGAAAGAGCAGAGCAAAGAGAAAUUGGAUAAGAAGGGCAAAACUAAAUGUGAAAAAAACGGAUUGGUAAAGGCUCAGAUUGCUCUGCAGGAAGCUUCCCUGCAGCUGGUUGAGAAAGACAAAGAGAAGAACCCGGUUUUUGACUUUGAUUCUUUCAUGGCAAGCACCAUCCAGCUCGGUUUACAACCAGAGCCUUCCGAAGUCGAUCUUUUAAAUGAUUUGAACAGCUCGGUAUACCAAAUAGAGUCUCAAAUAGAAUCCAAAAGCUCCAUGUCCAAGUCUGUGAGCCAGGAGAAAGAGCAGAAGGGAAUGGUCAAUCUAGCCCAGUUGGGGGGUCGAACGCCUAAUCCUUGGGAAAGCCAGUUUGAGAGCACAAGUGUUGAGGGGGAGAGUUGCUUAAUAGAUGAAGUUUGUUGGGAUGUAAGGAAGGAUGAGCAGUUAGAGAAGGAGAAUACUUACACCAGUUAUUUAGACAGGCUGUUUAGCAGGAGAGAGGAGGUUGACGUGGUAGAGCCAGAGCCAGUAGAAGAUAAGAUUCCAAGGGACGAUAGAGAGGAGGCAGGAUUUCUAGGAAUGAAUGGGGAUAUCCUGUUCAACAAGCAGUUUGAGUCCUUAGCCCUCCCACAGUUUGAUAGCCCUGCUGAUUCACCACUUGGGUCACUACAGGCUGUCUUAACACCUGCAGCAGUGAAAUGUUCCCCCCAGAUUGCCCAUAAAACAUACAGCAGCAUUCUUAAACAUUUAAAUUAAAACACGCAGUAGACUUUCUGAUUUGUUUUGUGUGCGUGAGACCUUUAACAUCUAUGUGUUUCACACUUAUUUUUUUUUUAUUUAAAUUGUGUGUUUUUUUUUAACUUGAAUCCCUUUUGUGUAACCAUUGUUCUUGAGUAUUUGUUUGUGUGUUUUUUUUUUAAAAAUACAGAUUCUAAACUGGUAUGUCGUUGCACACAGUGUAGACAAACAAAUGACACAAAUGCAAUAGAGGCAAACUGAAAUUGAUAGGAAAAUGCACUAAACCAAGUUUGGAAGCAUUCUGUCUGAAACAGCAAGACGAACACAGAUUAACCUGCUUCACAUGGAAUGGUUCUUGCCUUGGCAUAUACAGUACACAGUGGGAAAAAUCUAUUUGCAUGAGUUUUUAUUAAGUGCAAAAACCUCAUUUAUGAAGGCAGUUUUUUGUCACAGGAAGAAAUCCUAAAAUCGUUUCAUACUGUAACAUUUCUUAAGACACAUGAUGCUAGCAGCAACCAUUAACUGAACGCAGAAAUUGGUACACAUGUGUUAUCUACCUCAAGGUAACAGCAAUGAGUGGCAAAUUAGGAGCCACGAUAGUGCUUUACAGCAUGAAUUUCCACUUUGCAGGAGUCCUAUCUCAUUGACUGUAUAAGUGUGCAUUUGCCAUAGUGAAGGUGUUAAUAUACACCAUUAUUUAUUUUAGCAAAUGUAACAUGUUUUCUGUAUUUAUUUUAAUUUGUAGAUUCAAUGUGACUAUUCAACAUCUGAGGCAUAUUUUAUUUCAGAAAAUUUUAGGUUCAACACUUUGAUUAGUUAACUGUAUGCUCAAAUGCAAAACAUCUGCUUGAGUUAGUAAGCUUUCCAUUUCCCAUCAUUUGUUUUCUUGCUUUGGAGGCAAGCACUCGCUGUGUGGAGUUCAUUUUUAUUGUAUAGGUGAUAGAUUUCAUUUAAAAAGUAAACCGAACAGCUUUAAUAUGAAUUUGAAAAUGCGCCUAGAAGUCUUAAAUUCUGUGUUUCAUUUUUUUUUUUUUUAUAAAAAGAAAAAACGUGUAAUGUUAGAAUCGUUUGCAUGGAAGUAACAAGUGGAAGAUACAAUAAAACUAGAAGUUAAAGGUUAAGUAUUGUAAGUCAUUACAUUUUCAUUUAAUUGUAUGUUUUUAUUAGUUUAUAUAUUUCAAACAAGCAUGCUAAAAAAUAGGUUAAAGUGUAGCAUGUAGAACAUUUCUGAAAAUGUGUUUGCCUUUAAAUUCUAGUACUUAUUUUCUGUAUCAUUGGUUGCCCUGUUUAAAAAUAAAUAAAAUAAUACAAUUAAAAAUGGCCAGCAAAAAUAGAAUAA